AUGCUCUCAAGCGUACGGUCACUGUUCGAUAGAUCAUCAGCCUCAUUCCAGGUGCUCUCAGACCUCCACCUUGAAAUCAACCAGCAAUACGCCUUUGAGAUCCCCGUCCGUGCCAAGCACCUCAUAUUGGCAGGGGAUAUCGGGCGCUUAGAGGACUACGACAACUAUCGCGGUUUCCUACAGAGACAGACUCGGCAAUUUGAACGGGUCCUUUUGGUUCUUGGAAACCAUGAGUUCUACAACGACACGUUUCCCAGGGGUCUGGAAAAGGCCAGACAACUUGAAAACGACCCGUCCAUGAACGGGCGUCUGGUCCUCCUCCAUCAAGGGCGCUACGAUGUCCCAAACACACUCGUGACGGUCCUCGGUUGCACCCUCUGGUCCAGCGUCCCGGACGACGCAAAGGACAUUGUGCGGUCCAAGAUCCAAGACUUCAAGAAAAUCGUUGACUGGACGGUUGACGACCACAACGCGUCUCAUGGAUCGGAUCUUACCUGGCUCCUCGGGCAAAUCGAACAGAUACGGAAUGAGAACAAAACGCAGCGCAAAAAGAGGUCUAUCCUGGUCGUCACGCACCAUGCACCGGCUACGAAAGGUACUUCGAGCCCCCAGCACGAGAAGAAUGCCUGGAGCUCCGCUUUUGGGACCGAUAUCCUUUCUGAAGUGUCGGACUCAGCGCCCGUCAAGGCUUGGAUCUUUGGUCACACCCACUAUACGACUGAGUUUCAGAGUCGAGGAGUACGAAUCGUGAGCAAUCAGCGGGGAUAUGUGCUUCCUUGGAGUGAUACCGCGAGAGUAAAGGAUGGCUUUGAUGUUGAGAAGGUUAUACAUGUGUGA